AGCAGAUCGCUCAUAGCGCCCCCGCCGCCAUGUUCGCGUCCAAGCUCGGCUACAAGGGCGCGCAGACGCGGUUCAACCUGUUGCUACUUGAAGACGGCGAGUUCUUCCUUGAUGAUUUCAGUGUGCACCGCUAUCUCGAGCCCAAUCCGGACACGCACCGUAAAGUGCAAGGACGACUCAAAAUGUGCACGCGGGGCUUCUUCUUCGAGCCACAGGACAUCAAUUUACCCAUUUUAAGGUUCUUUUUCCGGGAUAUGAAGGAAAUGCCGGUAGCCGAGCUCCACGACCACCCUGAAGCUGGAGAUUGCGCCAUUUUCCUGGCCUUUAAAGUGUCCUCAACAGUGGAGAUGAAGGAGCGAGGAGUCGACCACCCGUACGUCCAGAAGGAGACUAGUACGGACAAAACACGAGUGCCAGAGAAGUACAUUUUCUCUCUGCUACACUCCAAGAUCGAGGAGUUUUUGAAGAGUGUCAAGCCGAUCUGGGAGCUCGCACACAAGAAAGGUGUCAUGAAUAAAGUGGACGAAGAAGCUCUACUGGAGCCGGUAUUGACACCGAGACAAACGGACCAGUUCGAUUCGAGCUUAUUGGUCGAUUUCCGUGAACGUCCGCUGCUUACAAAGGGGAAACUAGUGGAUCGGAUCGUGCCUCUAUUAAAGUAUCCCGGCUGUUUAAUGCUGACGAACCAGAGGUUGUAUUUCCAGCCUGCACAAGUGAAUAACGUGGGGGAUCCGGUGCUCAACUGGGCGUACAAUACCAUCGAGUACUUGUACAAACGCCGUCACAUGCUCAAGCAGACGGGAUUAGAACUAUUUCUAAAAAACGGCGAGAGUUUCUUCUUCAGCUUUAGAAACCACCACGACCGGGAUGAAGUCUACGAUAUGAUGGUGAACCAGCCAGAUCUGAAGCAUUUACAGCAGACUGACGUGGAGUCGAUGCUGCGUAAGUGGCAGCAACGCGAGGUGUCCAACUACGACUACUUGGUGUACUUAAACAACGCUGCCGGUCGCACCAAGAACGAUCUGACGCAGUAUCCAGUGUUCCCGUGGAUCUUAACCGACUACCAGAGUGCGUCCAUCGACUUGUCGGACCCAGCAGUGUAUCGAGAUCUUUCGAAACCUAUCGGCGCACUUAAUGAGGAGCGUCUGGAGUUCUAUAAAGCACGCUAUGAAGCCAUGCCGCGUGGGAUGGAGGACGAGGGACUGCCGCCUCCGUUUCUGUAUGGCACGCACUACUCCACCCCGGGAUACGUGCUCUACUACUUCGUCCGCAUGGCUCCAGAGUACAUGUUGUGUCUUCAGAACGGCAAGUUUGACGCCCCAGAUCGACUGUUCCAGAGCAUCCCAAGCACCUGGAGUAGCUGCAACACGAACCAUGCGGAUCUGAAGGAGCUUAUCCCCGCUUUCUUCGAUGAUUCCAUGCCUCCAGACGAGUGGCUUUGCAAUGGGAAGAACCUGGAUCUCGGGACCACGCAGAAGCUCACAAGAGUGGGCGACGUUGAGCUUCCUGCGUGGGCUUCUAGUCCGUCAGCUUUCGUUCGAAUCAACCGAGAAGCUCUGGAGAGCGAGUACGUGUCGGAACAUCUUCACGAAUGGAUCGACUUGAUCUUUGGGUACAAGCAACGUGGCGAAGCUGCCAUCGAGGCGAACAACCUGUUUUACUACCUGUCGUAUGAGGGUUCUGUGGACCUCGAGACGAUCACGGAUCCAGUGGAGAAAUGCUCGUUUGAAGCUCAGAUCCAAGAGUUUGGUCAGACUCCGAAGCUGCUGUUCUCAGGCGCCCACCCGUCUCGUAACGACGUCGGAAAAGCUGUUGAAACCCGCAGUCGAGAAGACAGCGUGCUGGACGAAAACACCUCGUACGACGAGAACGAAGACGAAGACAACACGACAGGCAAUCGACGCAGUAUGUUCGCGUUCCGGACUCGUUCGUUUGGUGCUGUACCCAAGCAAGCGCAGCGGUUUGUGGGAGGAAUCACAGCGCAGAUCCGUCGCCGCAUGAGCGUGGAGUCGACGAGGCGCUGGAACUGGACGUUUGGGACUCCCGCCGAUGCUUCGUCUUGGACGCCGUCAGCGCCUUAUAUGCUGCACGCAGGAGAGGUUACGUCGCUGGUUCUGGGGAAAGAUGGCCGUGCGUUGUUCUCCACGUCCAAGGACUCGACUUUCAAGGUCUCAGCGACUCUGGACGGCACGUUGCGACGGAAUCUGUCGUGCAACUUAGCGUUAUCCUGCUGUGAUGUGUCGCCCGAUGAGAAGUAUGUCUUCGUUGGAUCAUGGGACAACUGCAUCUACAUGUACUCGAUGGACGUCGGACGAGUCAUCGACCAGAUCACAGCGCACGACGACGGGCUCUCGGCUGUCUGUGUGUAUGAAGACCGCGUACUUUCGAGCUCAUGGGAUGGCUCCAUCAAACUGUGGCACUAUACUCCCAAGGGGAUCGCUACGGCUCCGUUGUCGACGUUCAUGGAAUGUGAGGAAUCGGUGGUGAAACUCGCUGUAAGUGCCGAUGGCUCCACGGGUGCUGCGGCGACAAGAAAUGGAGUCGUGUAUUUAAUCGAUUUGCGCACUAGCGAAUUGACCCGCAAGCUGUUUGCGAGUCCCGUACACCGCGCCGAACUCUGCGGCUUGACGUUCUGUGGUGGCGCGUCUACUGUCGCUUGUAUGAGCACAGCGAACGAGCUUUCGGUCUAUCAAACGGACGGCACACGAACGGUUACUAUCAAUGUGAACGCUGAUGGACCUGUCCGAUGCUUCGAUUCGGAUGGAGAAUACGCCGUUGGAGGAACAUCUAAUGGCAAGCUGUUGCUGUGGAAACUCGACGAGCCUACAGGGCAAGAACAGGUGCUGGAGAUCCCGGAGGCGCACGCACAGGGGGUGUCGGCGCUCACGGUAAGUCCCAAUGGCUCCGCUAUUGUGUCGGCAUCUGCAGACGGAGGCAUUCGCAUCUGGCAGCUACGCCGUAAAGCUGCUUCUCGUGGCCGUCUCCCUGCGUUCUUCUAA